AAUACUUGCUCCGACUAGAUAUGCAUCUUUCAAAUCUCACUCUGGCAAUUUAAGCGCUGGAUGGCGAUAUAUCAAGCACGAAUGCGAUCGCCAUAUGUCCACCAAGUUCUCCCGCUCCCUCACUCCCAUUCUCUAAUAGCAUGACCGUGGUCUCGAACGAUCCCGGUUGGUGGCCAAUCAUCGAUGGGAAUCUUAUCUGCAGCUAUUUUAUAGUUGCCGCCCUUGUCGGGGUAAUGUAUGAUUGGGCGCUUGCGUUCGGACAAGAGAUUGAACUGAUCUGGAGGCAACGCUGGUCCUUUAUGACCUUUCUCUAUCUCACUGUGCGCUAUGUCGGAAUUGCAUAUAUUGUCAUGAACGUGUUGAUCACUGUACCAACUGUUUCGACGACGGAUGCAGUGAGCCUUAUCGUAAACAACACACUCACUUGGAUGGAACAGGUAGUGAAUGUAUUACUGGGCGUCAUCAUGAUCACUCGAAUAUAUGCCAUGUAUCAGGGAUCUAGAAAAGUGCUGAUAUGUCUAGUUGUCACUUUUGUGUCUAUCAGAAUCGCCGACACAGUGAUGAUGGCAAUAAUAACGAUGCAGGCUUCAGGGGAGGAAUACGUCCUCUUCGGGACCUAUCAGUGCAUGGUUACCUAUAUGGGAGAUGUCCUACUUUUAGAUUCCACGAUUUGGGGACUUGGGAUUCUAUGGGAGGUUCUUGCACUGUAUCUCGCAGUCCGGAUUGCUGUGAAGCACUUCCGUGAACUGCGACAACACUCAACAGGAGGUAUUAUGGUGGACUGUUUCAAAGUGUUAAUGCAAACUCACGUGAGUUACUUUGCGAGCUUCCUUAUAGUUCCUUGUUUUCAAAUCAGUUACUUGUUUCUAUCGUACUACGCGGACAUAUCUUACAUGGAAUCUCAGGUGUUUGCGGGUUUCGUUCAACUGUUUGAAUCCGUGCAGAUAUUCGUGCUGGGACCACGCCUCAUCCUUGGCGUGCGAGAAUAUUACGCUGAGGUGCGAGUGGUGGCCGACGAUGGCAAUACAGCAACCGCUAUGACUUCAAUUGCUUUCCAUGAGCGAGUCCAUGUUGCAACUAGCAUUACCGUAUAGUACGGGAGAUAUUCGAUAUGAUUUACAAUCGGCGGGUAGUCUGGGGAGCAGUUUUUGAUUUGAUUUAUUCCAAAUUGUAUCGUGGUACUUAUUGUCAUGAUUAAUUUGUCCGAAGAAGUCU